GUUCUCACUUGUGAUAGUAUCAGGUGUACUUUGAACAAGCUUGUGUUUGGUUAAAACUAGCCUUGCGUAGAAUGGGUGGGGUAAUGUGUUUGAACAGACAAGGUGAAGUCUCCUGUUGUAAUACGUGCUCAGGCAAAGAACGGGCAUGAAUGGAAUCUUUUACCUCUAACACUGGAGAGAGCGCACACUAAAGGAUUACUCACUCUUUGGAAAUAACUGAUUUGAAUCUUCAUUAAAACCGCAAUGGAGGCAACUAGUGACACCACAAAAAUCCUCGAGAAGGGUCCUGAAUACCUUAGAAAACAAAUGGAACUGGAGAGUGAGGCGAAAGGACGCAUGAGCGCCGUGGAAAGGCUCGCUGCAAGCAAAACUAAAUAUGUCAAAAGCCAACAGGUGGCCAACUCAAUUCAGGAGCCAGUGAUCAGUCUUGGAUCAGCCUCUGUGAGCAGCACCGGGUCUUCUAACCGGAGCUCGAACCGUGGUGGGAAUCUUGCCAUAGGGAGUAACUCAACAGAGCGUACAUGUGGUGCACAAAGUUGCUCACCAGGGCAGGUGCGUAGGUCCAGCUCCAAAAAACGACCAGACUCCCUCCUGCUUUACAGACAGAAAUGCGAGUUACUGAGAGGGACAGCAAAUGACCGGAAACACCACAUAACACGUAAGUUGCUGCUCAGCUCUGUGCAAAAAAAUAUUCCGUUACCUGAGGCGGCAGAUAAGGAGUGUGAGUCUGAGGGCAGUAAGGAAAAAAUUACCACACCUGAGGAAACAGCAGAGGAAUGUAGCUCAUGUAUAGUUACUGCUCAAUCAGAGAGGAGGAGGAAUGGAGUAGCAGAACAACACAACGCAGGAGAUACUGCUCCUGGGACAAAGGUGACAGCUGGUGUGGCUAAUAAAUCUGCUGGUCUCUUGACGGUUCCUGAGUUUGAAAGGUCUGGCAAAGGGGUCAGUCGUUCUCACUCUGACAUCAGCUCCAGGUACUCCAAAAACUUUACAGACUUUGAUGCUUUUUUCAAGUAUUGCGGACUGGGCGGUGAGGUCAUUGAGUCUUUGGGGAAGGAGAACUUCUCGGCGCGCUCAGAUGAGAUUGCAAUAAACCUCCGGAGUGUCAGCAUUUCGACAUCGGACGAUGGCUUCUCCAGGAGAAGCAGUGAAAGCGACGGGCUACUGGAGGACGAGUUACAUGAAAAGAUACGUCAGGGGACGUCAGUUAUUGAGCGCAAUGCAAGGAUUAUCAAAUGGCUGUACAGCUGCAAAAAUGCCAUAGACACUGGACAAAAAUUAAGAGACCUUGGAUGAGCCACAUUUUUUUUUACUCUACAGAGGCCAAAUGCUUAACUUAGACUGUUGCAUUGAUGAUACAUUUUAUCCAUUUAUCACAUUUUAUUGCAGAAAAUACAUCAAAACACUGUGUGUGUGUGUUUAUGUGUCAAAGUUAUUAUUAUUAAUUAAAACUAAAGACUAAAACUAGGUGUUAAAAAAACAUUUGAAUUAACUGAAAUAAUGAAAAUAAAAACAAGAAUGAUAUGAUACUUACUAACUGAAGUGGCUGAAAAUUUUUAAAAAGUAUACAAGAAAUUUGUUUUUGUCAAUUUGUUCAAAUUCGUCAACACAACAAGCAUGAUGUUUGUCUGUUUCAUAUGUUUAUUGAGACUGGGAUGUCUACAUGACUGUGAGUCAAUGUAAUACCUAUUCUGAACUUCUUAAAUCUGGUCCCUUAAAUCUGGUCAAAAACUAUUUAAUACCCCCAUAUUAUAACAAAAAAACUAAAACUAACACUGAAAUUAAUUUAAAAAUAAAACUACACUAAAACUAACUGAAACUAAACCAAAAAUGUAAAACAAACAUAAAAACUCUCCUAUGUUUCUUUUAGUUUCUGUGAAUACUUUAUCUUACUUCUGAGAAAAAGCAUGUUUGCUUCUGUUCAAACUUGCAUGAAACUGUUCUCUGUCACGUUUGAGGCCACAGAAAAGCCCCACACACUUAGAAACACGAUGUUGACUGUCUUGAAAAUGUGUACUUACUUAGUGCUUAGUUUUAAUUUUAUCAAACUUUGCAUUCUACACAGAUUUAUCACACAGAUACUCAUUUGGAAAAUAUUGUGUUAAAGGUCAAAACUAUAUGCAUUUGAAGACACACAAAUCCAGAAGAGUAAAUAGAUUCGAAUUUUAGCUUCAGUGAUAUUCAUCAAAAAUGAGCCACUGACCAAAACAACCUCAACUGAAGAACUAAUUUCAAACACAUUAAGUUCAAUUAAUAGUACUUUAAAAAAAAAAAACAACUUUAUACUUUUGCUUAAAAACCUCAGUACCACUUUCUAAUAAGUCAUCAGUAAUAAUCAACUAAUGAAUUUAUGAAUUUACAUAUGGUAAAUAAAUCCUUUAUUCAUGCUCUAAAAGUCAGUUAAAAAACAUGAAUACGAACAUAUUUUUAGUUGCCAGAUUGUGAAACUUUUUCCUUUGGCUGGGUUUUUUUUGCAAAUACUGUAGUAACAAAUGUUCUUAGUCCAUUAAUAAUAAGUUGUUAAUAAAUUGAUUUUGGUCCAGAUCCACUGCAAGUUAAGUGUCCAUCCUUAAAAGGCAAUUUUCACAAUCUGGCCACCCAAAAAAUCUAUAAAAAUAUCUAUAAUUUUAUCUAUAAAAUAUUAGUAAAUUAUAUAUUAUCCAUUAAAAUACAGUUACAACUGACAUUUAUAAAAGUUACUAUGAAUAGAAAGUGGUCCCAGUAAAUUCUAGACAAAGGCUUUUAGCUCAUACGAUGGUCCACAGCAGGACCUUCAGACCACCACAAGCAUGAAAUUGCCCUUAAAUCAUAAUUUAUGUGACCUGCCUCUUAAAUUCACAAUCCAGUGAGUGUACUCCCUGACUUCUCUAUGUAAAAGAUGUACAUACGAUCACACACACACACACACAUACCGCAGUUAGUAUCUUCUUCUUUACUUGUUAUUGCGGUUAAGUUUUUCUUAAUAAACCUGGUAAAAUCAUUUCAUUUAAAACUGCAGCCACACUAGAAACUUGUAGGAUGUGGUUACUGUGUGGUUACUUUCCAACCAAAUAAUCAGUAGGUCCGUGAGUCCUGUGUGAGAGGAAUGUACCUAAUAAUCUGAUAGGCUUAAAUCCAGUGACCCGUUGUAACUGUAUCUCCACUUUCCUCCCAAAUCCCUGUCUGCUUUGUCUAUUCACCACUUUCUCUCUCUUUCUGUCCAACUUUCUGUGCUGAUCAAAGCUCAGAAGCUGUAACACGAGUGGGGGAAAAAAAAGGACAGACUAUUGUUAACUCCCUGUGUUAAACAAAUUCCAUCAUUCACUCUGUUUCGUUCUCAUGCAGAAGCAAAACAAUAUUUGUGUACAGUGUAUGCGAGUAUACACGUCGCUCUGCUGCUGUCAACACACCUUCCGCUUCUCCAGAAUUCACAUCAAAGCAAGUCAUGUCUUGCUCUUUCCACUUGUUUGUUGCCGGGAAGUUAGACGUUGUAUCGUAUUUUUUUUUUAGGAUUUGUAUUGUAUAAAAGUGUUGCAAUGUUCUCUAUGCUGAAAUAUGAACUACUAUUACCAAAACCAGGUUCAAUCUGGGUUUGCUGCUGCCUGUGUAACAUUGUUUUGUACUGAAUUACUGUAAAUUCUGUGAA